AAGUGUUGUUUCUGUCCUGCCUGUCUGUUGCUCAGCAACACGAAGGCGUGUCCACCGGCGAUGAUUUAAGAAGUAGGAAACCCUUCUCUCGCUGUCACUUUUUGUCGGUUCAGUCUGUACUCCGGUCCCUGCAUGGCAGCGGGAUUGCUAGGGAGACGAGGGAAUCCCCGGGUGUCGCCUCACUCCUGAUCAAUUUGCAUCAGCGGUUCCAUGCCUGGUUGUCCGUCUCAGUCUGCCUGUUCCAUUCGCUGCGCCCACAAGCAUGGCUUGGAGUGAAGUGUAGCGCAACAUCAUCUCGGAUUGUCAACCGGUGUAAAAUAGGCUACGUAACCCAUGCUGAAACAACCAGUGUAUUUUACAGAAUAAAUUCAUCAGAAGAACCACGUAUAUUUUCAUUGAUGAGGCAACCACCAAGUGACUUCGAUAAUAUGGCAUUGAGCGGGACGCUUUUGCCAUCCAUAUCCACAUUUGCAAGCGGCCCGACUGUCAAUAAAUCCACGGGACAUGCGAAUUUGAGAUGGAAGGAGGAGCUGUCCCACCUGAAGAGGAGCAGCUGUUCUGACCAGGACAUCUCCACUGGAAUGGCCAAGAAAGAACCUGAAGAUCUGGACCUACUGGACUAUGACUUUAUCCUGUCCAACACUAUGCUACAACAGCAACAGCAGGAACAACAACAGCAGCAGGCUGAGGCUAUGGCAACGGGCGGGUCCCAGCAUCUGUCCCCUUCCCCGGGCUCCUACUCCUCCUACCAGCUCCCAUCUCCCCAGGACUCUGCUCACAGUGACAUGCUGUACACUAUCCCUGACAUCAGCGACGUGUCCCCCUCUGGGGGGUUCGUGGCGGAGCUGAUGAGGCCUGAACUUGACACGGCGUACCUCCAUCCCACCAGCCUGCAUGGCAAGUUUGUGGUGAAGUCCACCAUGGAUAUGGCAGAGGUUGGCCACAGCAUUAAUGUGAGUAGUAAAGCUGGUGUUGGUGUUGGCGCUGCCAUGGACCCCUCCUCCUCUUCGUUGCCCUUUAUUUGCCAUAGGAUAAAGCAGGAGAACCCCAGCACGUGCACUAUCACCCGGCCCAUGGACCUCCAACUAGGGGUGGUGAACUCACACUCCCAGCCCAGGGCUGGUCAGAGGCCCCACCCCGACAGUCACGGCUUCCUCCCAGGGGGGCGCCCUAUGACUGCCAGCCGAUCAGCCUCAUCUCUGUCUCCGGACCACACACUGGCCAGGGACCACCACCCCUCCAGCCAGGUGUUAACCCACCCCCAAAUCCCGCUGCCUGGUCCGGGCUACCACCACACCUCUCCGACAGGCUACUCUCUACUCCCACAGCAUCGUGGGUCUCUACAGUACCAAGAGCUUUUGUCCCCCGGUGGCGAUAGUCUACCAGAGGAGCCCAAACCCAAACGCGGCCGGCGCUCAUGGCCUAGGAAGAGAAUUGCCACACACACGUGUGACUAUGCCGGCUGUGGAAAAACCUAUACCAAGAGCUCUCACCUCAAGGCACAUCACCGAACGCACACAGGAGAGAAGCCUUAUCACUGUGACUGGGUGGGCUGCGGCUGGAAGUUUGCCCGUUCGGAUGAGCUCACACGGCACUACAGGAAACACACCGGGCAUCGCCCGUUCCAGUGUGCCAAGUGUGACAGGGCCUUCUCAAGGUCUGACCACCUGGCACUACACAUGAAGAGACACCUAUGAGACAGGGCCUUCUCAAGGUCCGACCACUUGGCACUACACAUGAAGAGACACCUAUGGACUCACUGGACGCCAUAGACCAAGACCAAGACCUGAACUUGUAGCUUUAAAAACCAAACAUUGCCUUCUAGCCAUUGUCAAAGCAUCAAGACAAGUUGUGUGAUUCAUGACAAAGAGUGUUACACUCGCUAGGUUCAACCCCUAUGACUAAAGACUGUUCUUUGUCCAUGUAUUAGUGAUAAGCGAAUAACCAAAAUGGUGGUUAUUUUUCGUUUUUUAAAUAACUAAUUGCUCAAUGCACACAUUGCACAGUAUAAAGCCCAAACUAUGUGAUGUAGUAGGGAGUUGUAGUUUCCGACAGGACAAUAUUCUGCAUAGUUUAGCGCAGUAAACGUGGUCAUUAACUAUAAUGAUAAUAAUCUAUUGCGCGCCUACUUAGGUGUGGGGGGCAGACACGGAAAGAGAAAGAAGAGAGAAGAAAAUGCGAUCGAGAGGGAUAGAGAGCAAUUGCUUCGCAAUGUAUCUCUCCCUGAAAAUACAUAAUCUAAGUCAGGGGUAUCAAACUCAUUCCAUGGAGGGUAGUGUCUGCUGAUUUUUGGUUUUGCCUUUCACUUAAGACCUAAACAACUAGGUGAGGGGUUCCUUACUAAUUAGUGGCCUUAAUUCAUCAAUCAAAUACAAGGGAGGAGCGAAAACUCGCAGACACUCUGCCCUCAGGAGAAUGAGUUUGACACGUGAUCUAUGCAAUUGAUAGUUGGUAUUCAGCAGUCAUAAAAUAAUGCCUUAUUUAGUUUAAAUAACUAUAACAAUAGUGAUUUUGACCAACAGAAUAGGCAGCAGCUCUAUAGAGAUGAGAUCAUGACUUGGAAUGAAAUAAUAAAGUCAUCAAAUACAAAAAAUUGAAUAUCCACAGCAACUAAAAGAUUUUAUUAAAGUGAAGUGAACAAAUUAUGGUUAAUAAGUGAUAAGAAGUAAUGGGCAAUCACUGCUAUCAUGAGACUUUUUUCAUAGUUUUAUUCUGUGUUGUUACAGCAUUCAACCCACAUAAUUCAUAACAUCAAAAAUAAAUAAUCAAAACCAAAAUCGAAAACUCUAAUUAUAAAAAAUAAAUCAUUAUUGAACCGAAACCGAACUGACCUCAAAAAGCACUAAUUGCUCAGCACUACCAUAAAUGGGAUCGUGAUAUGACGUUUGACAAGAGCCCUCGGAACAACCUCCUUUGUGGGACAAAACUGGAAUUUACCAUCUAGGCUAUUUAUCGACAAAACUUGGAGGACCAGGUGCCAACGUAUGACUGGAAAUGUAUUAGUUAUCAGGGAAACAAGACUCAGACAGACAGAACACAGAAACGACAUAACACUUCCUAAGAGGCCUUAUAUCCAUUCUAUCAGAAACAUUGUUUGUCAAAUUCAUACUGUGUUAGACAUUUAUAUUACUCUUCCAAGCCAUUGAUUACAGGUACAAAUUAAUUGAUAUGUUACAGGAAACUGCUCAAAGAUAAUGAAGUGUAUUAAAAGGUACCAAAGAUUUUUUUUUAAGAAAACAGAUAAAAAAAAGAGUAUCAAGUAUCACAUGGUUGUCCGUGAGUUUCUUGUCUGUGAGUUUCUUGUCUGUGAGUUUUUCUUCUUCCGCAAUUGAACUUUAAUCAGGUGAAAACUUUGCUCCUCAAUGGCGAUGGCAAUCUUUCAAUGCACUGUGGUUGCAAAAAUGCAAUAAUGUUACAUGAGACAUUCAUAUCAUCUUUAAAAUCUCUGAACAAUGUUUUUUUUUUGCUCAGAGUCAAAGCAUGUAAUAUAAUCUGAAGUUUUGUACAUUUGUAAAGAAAAUGCUUUUUAAAAACUGCUUAAAAUGUUUUGUACAACAUAAAGAAUAAAAUGUAUUUAAAAUUCA